GAUAGCUAGAGAGAUAAUGGUGACAAAAAAAAAUUAAUUAGAAAAUCAGAAAUCCGCCGAAUCUGUACCGUACAGAGAUUCUUUAAGAAUUUAUUGUUUAAACUAUACUACUUGAUAGUGCUUUUUUGUACCUUUAAAUAACUAAAGAUAUAAUAUGCGUUCUAAAAAGUGAACUGUGUUAAUAGAAAUAAAGGAAUAUAAUGGCGUUGACUGAAGAAGAGGUGGCUCAGCGUUAUCCAAUUCACUGGAUGGUAUGGAACAACCAACAUGAAGAACUGAAGAAUUCUUUAGAGGCUAACAAGUUUACCACUGAAGACAUAGAAUUAAAAGAUCCUCGAGACCGAACACCUUUACUGCUAGCUGUCACUCUUGGGCACAUUGAAGCAGUCCGUGCCCUGCUUGAUGCCGGUGCAGAUGUCAACUGUGAGAAAGAUGGGUGGACAGCGGUGCAGGAGGCGACGGCCCGCGGCGACGCGGAGCUGCUGGCGCUGGUGUUGGCGCGGCGCGACCACCAGCGGCUGCUGGCGCGCUCGGGCGGCAUCCCCGACCUGCUGCACCGGCUCAGCCUCGCGCCCGACUUCUACGUCGAGAUGAAGUGGGAGUUCACUAGCUGGAUUCCUCUCGUCUCCCGCAUCUGUCCAUUCGAUACGUACAAAGUGUACAAGCGAGGGGCAAACGUGCGCGUUGAUACCACGCUAGUCGGUUUCGAGAACAAUCGAUGGCAGCGUGGCGAUCGCACAUAUAUAUUCAGGGGGCAAGGUUAGUCAGUAUGUGUGUAACAUAUUUACCACGAGCUAAAUAAAUGGAGGUGCUGUGGCGGCGACUGCUCGGCGCGCGAGUAGGAACGCCUGUCCUCGCCCAUCGUCAUCAACUACCUCGACACCGACAAGAUUAGCUUCGAGAGAAACAAGAGCGGCAUCUGGGGCUGGCGGCAAGACAAGACCGAGAACGUGAAUGACUUCGAGUGCAAAGUGUUCAGCGCCAACAACGUGGAGCUGGUGUCGAAGACGCGCACCGAGCACUUACCAAAUGCCAGCAGCAGCCACGCCAGCGCGGCCGCCGCCGGCGCUGCUCGCGCGCCGCUUGCCGGGCUGCUGGCGCUGGCCGAGCCCUCGCCCGCCGACACAUCCACUGUCACCACGCCCGACGAGGAGCCGCGUGGUGAGGGUCCGGUGUCGUGGCAGCAGUACUUCUCCGCGGGCUGGCUGCCGCGCGACGUGGGCCGCGCCCGCUGCGUCGCCACCAAGCUGCAGAAGUUCCGUGCCACGCUCUGGCUCUGCGAGGACUACCCGCUGCAGUUACAAGAGCAAAUAAUGCCAAUCCUGGACUUGAUGGCGGCCAUCUCAUCACCACACUUCGCCAAGUUGAAGGACUUCAUACAAAUGCAAUUGCCGUCCGGUUUCCCUAUCAAGAUCGAAAUCCCUCUGUUCCACGUGAUGAACGCCAGGAUCACGUUCGGUAACAUCUUCGCCACAUCGAGUCCUGUUCGGCACGUGGAGUGCAUACAGGAGGGGACGCGGCCCGCAUGUAUAGUCGACGAUGGCUGUUUCGCGAUAGGCAACGGGUACAGGGACGCGGCAUGCCGUACUUCCUGCGAUGACGAUGGCCUGCUUCAAUACGCUAUCCAGCAGAGCCUGCUUGACGGUUCCUGCGAUGAUCAGGUGGACGUGUGGGAGGCGCUGCGUUGCGAGCGGCCGCGCAACCCUUCGCCGCCGCACCUGCCGCCCUCGCCGCCCUCGCCGCCCUCGCCGCCCUCGCCCACCGCCGCCGCCGGCCUGCUCUCGCACGAGGACUGCCAGCUGCAGAGAGCGAUCGAGGCGUCGCUGCGGUCGAUGUCGCUGGGCGAGCGGCCGCCGGAGCUGGCGCCGCCGGAGCUGGAGCCGGACGCGGAGCUGCAGGCCGCGCUCGCGCUGUCGGCGCGCGAGCACUCGGCGCGCGAGCACGAGCGGCUCGCCGAGCGGCUCGCCGAGCAGCGCGCGCUCGACGAGGCGCUGCGCCUCUCGCUGCUCGACAACUAGCGCCCGCCGGCGACACUCGCAGCUGCUGCACCACCAGCGAUCUCAAUAGAAAAAUAUGAUGCGUCCACUAAAAGAAGACUUUGCGCCUAAAAGUACUUUAUGUUAGUUAAAAUGUGUACUCUAGUGAACCGUUCAUAUAUUUAUUCAGCGUUAUAGUAACUGACGAGGUUGAUCGCUACCCGACUGUGACACUUAUGAUGAUGGCAUGAAAGUUUAUAAUUGUUUGUCGAAUGUUUGAGAAAUAGGGGGGUCUAUAUAAGAUGUGUUCGAAAUAAGGUGGAUUUAGAAUAAGCAAGCGUAUAUUUUUAAAUUUUCCUUUAAUGUAAUCGUGUUAAGAGCAUUCUAUGAGUAUUUUUUAGUUAUGCAACUUUAUUAGCGAACAAAUUUUGUUUUUUUAAUUGUAAAUCCACCUUUAUAACAUCGUUCCAAAUUCAAAACCAGUUUUAUUUUCAAUUAUAUUUAUAACAGAUGAAAAUAUAAAUUGAAUAAAUUUAGGAAUUUUGUAGAUAUAACUUUGUCGCGUGAAGCGUAUAAAUAAAAUAAGAAAAAAGGUUGUGUUCCAAAUUUGAAAAUUGUUUAGAAUGUAAUGGACGCUGUGGCUUCGUGAGCAUUUACUGGUCAAAUUAACGAUGGAAAUAUUUAUUAUUCCUUUUAAAUUAUUCCUUUAUCUUUUUAUCUCAGUGUGUGCUAAACAAUGAUUGGUUAUUAUUGGCUAAUACCUUUGUGAAGUCAUUUUUCAUCCCUAUUUUUACCAAAUGUGAGUAAAACUUAAGAACUGACUCUUAAUAAUAAUGUUAAAUAAUAACUAUCGGGAGUUAUACUGUGUUGUAGUUAUUAAUUUGUCGGCUUUACUCGUGUUUUAACUACAGGGAUGCCCGACUAGUUACUAAAUGGGAGCUCUUAUUCAUGUGCGCGGUUCAUUGCUGUGUCGCGAGCAGCGUGUUUUUAUACCGAUUUUAUAGCAAUGUUACGCAAACAUACGUUCUCAUGUCACCGGGUGACGGGUUUGAUUCCUGGGUCAAUCCAUCGGGUGCAGUUGGGUGUCAUUACAAACGACGCUCUGGCGAACCGCGCUCAUGAAUAAGGGCUCCUGUUGAGUUUGAAGCUAGUCGAGCUUCCACGAAUUUAAAACUGAGUAAAGCUGACACAAAUGAUUGCAAGGCUUUUAAUAUGUAGUUCGAAAUUAAAAAUCUUGUUUUAAAGACAAACACACAUUCCGUCUUCUUAUUUAUUAAAAGGUUCGUUUAACGUCGUAUAUAUUUUUUAUAAUUUAUCACUUUUUCAAAUUAAGAUAGUAGUAUAAAAAAUAAAUGACAACGAUCCAUUAAUUCAAGUAAGUGUUUAAGACUAUGAAAUAUUAAAUAAUUCCCAAUAUUUAAUAAUGAUAAAUUAAUAUUUUCCAAUAUUUAUUAGUAAUUAAUUAAAUGCUUUCCAAUAUUUAAUAGUAACUAAUUAAAUAUUUUCCAAUAUUUAAUAAUAACUAAUUAAAUAUUUGCCAAUAUUUAAUAAUAAUUAAUUAAAUAUUUUCCAAUAUUUAAUAACAAUUAAUUAUAUUCCACUAAUUAAUAAUGUAAAUUAAUAUUUUCCAACAUUUAAUCCAAAAAGUCCGUCCAAUUGUUCUUAUUAAACUAUAUAAUUUUUUUUUCAUAUUGCCAAUCAUUGGGUAGUAUACUGCACUGAAAUAUUACAAAAUUAUUUAAAUAUAUUUUUUUUUUUACAAUUCGUAAUAAUUUUAAAAUUGUAAUAAAUUUGUUUAAGUUACAAAUAAAUAAUUGAAGUUACAAAAUAUACAAUUAGUUAACAUAGAUAUAUUGUGAGUCGUAUGUUUUUUUUCCUUAUGGAUUUAUAUUGGAAUGACCAUAAUAUUUUUUUAUUUAUUAAUUUAUUUAUUAAAAUAAUUAUAAUAAUAAAAUACCAAAUAAAUAUAACAAUAAUGCUUAUAUAUAAAAUUGCAUUAUAUGUAAUGCUUCAAUGUAUGAAUUAUGUAUGAUGGCUAUUGGUUAUUUAACAUUAGUGGUUUGAUUUGAUGUUACUAUAAUGUCAUCCUUCUCAAUCCUUCACUGUUAGACAGGGAUGGUAACACGAGAUAGGAAUAGUUUUAUCAACUAGACCAAUAUAUCGAAAAAGAUCUACGAGUUUCCUUGAAAUAAUUGUAAGUAAUUAAAUAUUAGAGACUUAUACCAAGGGGUUUAAAAACACUUAUGUAUACGAAUCAUAAUAGGACUUGCUAUCAACCCACAACAUCAACGGCAUUGCAUGUGUGCUGCCGGCCUUUUAAAAAGGAAUAUGAUCUUUUCUUGAAGGUUACGAUGUCGUAUCGGUUCGGAAAUACUGCUGCUGGAAGUAUGGGUGUAAUAGGAAACAAGUCAUGUACUUUUUGAUGGGUGGUAAUGGAAUGGUAAUCCCGCCUGCGUUAUCGGUAUACGCGAUCAGGGCACUAGUGAUGGGUGACAGGUGAGGAUGAAGCAGGUUUAUUAGCCCAUCAUGACGAAUUAAAUAAGAAUUGUUCACUAUGGUUUCCAGGGGGAAGCAUGUGGAGGUCGACCUAAUAGGGCAUAUUGCUAGCGAUGAGGCUGUCAAACUCCAUUGUUAACAAUCCUUUUCCCCCCUACAAGUCAUGUAUUAGGUGCAUUUAAGUGUUAAAUAAAUAAAUAACUGGUGUUGUCACGAUUGAAUCGGUUUUGUUUUUUGUAAUAUAAUCGUAAAUUUUUCAUUUGCAAAUAAUAUAAUAAUAAUAAUAUAUUACCUUUGUUCUUUUUUUUUUUUUUUAAGAAUGUAAUCAGUUAUAAAUGUUUUUUUUUUUCUAAUGUAUAACUGGGCGAUGUAAAUGCACUAGAAUGUUAAUAUUUCUCUCUCACCACGAGAGGUGUUUUAAAUUCUGCGGGUUAUACAAAGUAAGUCUAUUAUGAUUCGUGUAAGGGGGCCUUUUUAAUUUCCCAAAGAAGUAUGGUAUUUUUGAUUUAUAACAAUAUUUGCAGAAUAAUGAAAAUGGGUAAAUAUCUUACUACAUUUACACAGUCUAUUCGUCCAGUGUCUCGACAGAAUACCGUCCCGAAUUGGCACGUAAUUAUCCGGGACGUGUUGGACUACUGGUUGUUCCUUACACUGUGAUAUUAUGUUUAUCACAUGCAAUAUGUUUUACUUUUAAUACCUUGACGCUAUUAUGAAGUCGCUAAACAUUCUUACUUUUAGUAAUUCAUAGGUCGAGUAUAUUUGUAUGUUGAAGGCAAAAUACUAAGUUUUAUUUUUCAUAUGUCCAUCUAUGUUGUAUAUGUAUUUAUUUUUAUUGUAAAAUUUUACUCUUGGCAAUUUUAAGUUUAAUGAGGUUAUUUCUGUGUUGCCAUGUUGCUGGGUUUUAAUUUAAUAAUUGUAUUUUUAUCAUGGCUACUUAAUUUCUAAUGUAUUUUAAUUUAUAUUGAUUUUAUUGCUACAAUUUGUAAAGGUAUCUAAAAUGAUCACUCUUAAAUACAUUUGCACUGGUCA